UAAUACAUACAAAAAAUCAUUAAUAUCAUACAUAGGAAAUGCAAUUUCCUAAAAUGGAUUAUUCUUGUCUACCAUAUGUUCUUACAUUUCUCCUAAUUGGUGGGGUGAUUGCAAAGAGAACAAGUGAUAUUAGCUUUGAUCAAAAUUAUGAAGUUACUUGGGGCUAUGAUCAUGUCUUGUCACUUCACCAGGGCAGACAAGUUCAGCUUUCCAUGGACAAAUAUUCUGGGGCUGGGUUUGGAUCCAAGCUAAGUUUUGGUUCUGGAUUCUUUCAUUUGAGGAUAAAGCUACCUGGAAAUGAUUCUGCAGGAGUUGUUACUGCUUUCUAUCUAACUUCACAAGGUGAUAAUCAUGAUGAGCUAGACUUUGAGUUCUUGGGCAAUAAAGAAGGAAAGCCAAUCACAUUGCAAACAAAUGUGUUUGCAAACGGUUUAGGUAAUAGAGAGCAAAGGAUUUAUCUUUGGUUUGACCCUACAAAAGAUUUUCACAGCUACAGGAUCCUUUGGAACCAACAUCAAAUUGUAUUUUUUGUGGAUGAAAUUCCCAUAAGAGUGUUCAAUAACAACACAAAAUUUGGAGUAAGCUAUCCAUCACACCCAAUGAAAGUAGAGGCAAGCUUGUGGGAUGGAGAUAGUUGGGCUACAGAUGGAGGCCAAACAAAGACUAAUUGGAGUAAUGCACCAUUUAAAGCUCAUUUCCUAGGGUUUGACAUUAGUGGUUGCUCCUCAAAAAUCCAACAAUGUCUUUCUCCAAAUUACUGGUGGAAUGUGCAGAAAUAUUGGAAAUUGGACUUAGCUCAACAAAGGGCAUAUGAGAAUGUGAGGAACAAGUUUCUUACUUAUGAUUACUGUUUUGAUAGGCCUAGAUUUCCUGUGACUCCUCCAGAGUGCUUGCUCUCAAUAGUAUAAUGCUUUUGGAGUUUUUGUUGUGAAAAUAAGUUCAAAUUAUUUGGAGACUCCAAAAAUGAAAGCUCACUCAAUUGUAAUAGUGUUGUCAUCUUUUAAUAUUCUCUUAUAACUUUCUAAUAUCAUAGCCCCAACUUAUUAUUCUUUAUGAG